UCUUAACAUCUUCCAUCCCUAAAACUAAUUAUUACAAUGCAUAUUCGAUACUGCAGUGUAAUUCACCGACAUUGUAAAAUCAUUUCUCGUGGUCUUCAAAUAAAGAUUGGAGAUAGACUUUCAUCAAAUUAUUACAAGACUAGCACUUUAGAUAAAAGUCUAAAAAUGAAGGAAACUUUUGUGUACCCCGUUCCUCGUAAGGAUACAUCUGUAGAGGAUAACUUUCAUGGGUCGAAAGUAAAGGACCCUUAUCGUUGGCUUGAAGAUCCGGAUGCUAACGAAACACAAAAUUUUGUGGAUAGCCAGAACAAUAUAAGUCAGCCGUUUCUCGAAAGUUGUGAACAGUGGCAACACAUUAAUUCAAAACUAACAAAGUUAUGGAACUAUCCGAAAUAUGGGUGCCCAAUGCAGUAUGGCAAAUAUUAUUAUUAUUUUAUGAAUACCGGUCUUCAAAAUCAAAGCGUUAUGUAUCAACAGGACUCUUUGCAUGGGGAGAGCAAAGUAUUUCUUGAUCCGAAUAGCCUAUCUGAAGAUGGUACGGUUGCAUUGUCUCAAAAAUCGUUCUCUGACGAUGGCAAAUAUAUGGCAUAUGGACUGAGUGAAAGUGGUUCUGAUUGGAUUAAAAUUCGCAUACGAAAAGCAGAAACAGGCCAGGACUUUGAUGAAUUGCUCGAAAAGGUCAAAUUUUCGGAAAUUUCAUGGACUAAAGAUAAUAAAGGCUUCUUUUAUGGUAGGUAUCCUGACCAGGAUGGAAAAACCGACGGUUCAGAAACAAAGCAGAAUGAGCACCAAAAACUAUAUUAUCAUCGCAUUGGGGAAAGCCAAGAUAAAGAUAUUUUGGUUGUUGAAUUUAAUGACGAGCCAUCGUGGCGCUUCCAAUCUGUGGUAUCAGAUUGUGGAAAAUAUCUGAUACUGGCAAUUGUUAAGGACUGUCGUGAUAAUAUUGUCUACUAUGCUGAUCUAAGUGAGGGUGAAGCUAUUAAUUCUAAGCUAAAUGUCAAAAUAAUCGUAGAUAAGUUUGAAUCAGACUACGACUAUGUUACUAAUGUUGGCUCUAAGGUAUAUUUCCGGACAAAUAAAAAUGCUCCCAAUUAUCGGGUCAUUAUUAUAGACUUUGCUAAUCCGGCUGAAGAAAAUUGGGAAACCAUUAUACCAGAACAUGAAAAAGAUGUUCUAGAGUGGGCAAAGUGCGUAAAUGACGAUAAGCUUCUUUUAAGUUACAUAAGAGACGUGAAAACGAUUCUCCAAGCAAACUCCUUGCGGUCAGGAGAAAUAAUUCGUAAAUUUGAAUUAGAUAUUGGCACAAUUGUGGGAACUUCAGGAAAGAAGAAAUAUUCCGAGAUUUUCUACAAUUUUUCAUCGUUUCUGAAUCCGGGAACAAUUUACCACUAUGAUUUCAAAAGCCCCGAAGAGCCUCCAAAAGUAUUUCGGGAGAUUAAGCUGAACUUAAAUGGAUUUCGGCGAGAAGAUUACAUUGUUGAGCAAAUUUUUUACUCAAGCAAAGAUGACACCAUGGUGCCUAUGUUUAUUAUACGAAAACAACGAGAUGUAAUUAAUCCUCGUCCGUGUUUGCUUUAUGGAUACGGUGGAUUUAAUAUAAGCAUGUUGCCCACAUUUAGUCUUACUGGUCUUAUGUUUGUAGAUACGUUUGAUGGUGUUCUAGCUUAUCCAAACAUUCGUGGCGGUGGAGAAUAUGGUGAAAAAUGGCACAAUGGUGGGCGAUUGCUAAAUAAGCAGAACGUAUUCAACGAUUUUCAGAACGCUGCAGAGUAUUUAAUUAAAAACAAAUACACUACAAAAAAUCGACUAGCAAUUCAAGGGGGAUCAAAUGGCGGUCUCCUCGUCGGUGCGUGUAUUAAUCAGCGACCCGAUUUAUUUGGAGCGGCGGUAGCUCAAGUUGGUGUUAUGGAUAUGCUUCGAUUUAAUAAAUUUACUAUCGGUCAUGCGUGGUGCUCCGACUAUGGAAAUCCCUCUGAGAAAGUGCAUUUUGAUAAUCUAAUCAAGUUUUCACCUUUACACAAUGUACACACGCCGAAAAGUGAAUUGGGGGAAUAUCCGUCUACCUUGAUCUUGACUGCCGAUCAUGACGACCGUGUGAGUCCCCUGCACUCAUUGAAAUUUGCAGCUGCAUUGCAAGAUGCUGUUCGCAAUUCUGAAUAUCAAAAAAAUCCUCUGCUCUUGCGGGUCUACAAAAAAGCUGGUCAUGGGGCUGGUAAACCCACUUCCAAGAGGAUCGAGGAGGCCACGGAUAUAUUGACAUUUAUGUUCAAAAGCCUGAAUAUGGACACCAUAAAUCUUUAACAGAGCUUCUAACUCUGCCAAUCCAAACAAAAUUCGGAAUGUUAAAUUCUUUAUAGUCCUGCAUCUAUGCUACAUAAUUUGAAAAAUAAUAAAAACUGU